UUAUGCCCUAGAAAUUUAGUGACGAAGAUUCGAGGAGCGAGGGUCUGCGAGCCAGCGAGUGGUAACGAGCAGCGAGUAGUGAGUGAUAGCGAGCCGAGUGUUCUACUCGAACUUCGCCAUAUCUAUUGGACACCCCCCAGAGAGCGAUACACGCGAAGAAAGAGAAAACCUCCUCAAAAAAAAAUCACUGAGGCUGUUUCAGCGAGCAGCCCAUUCAUUCUUCUCCCAUAUUUCUCCACCAAAUUGAGUGUUGUUAGAGACAGAGAGAGAGCGGUGUUUCAGCUGAGCUCGACCACUUAAAAGAUGAAUGGUGGGGCGCAUGGGAAAGACAUUGAGGAGGAGGACGCCGACGGCGGAGAUGUCUUUCUCGAUGACCAGGACAUUCUCCACGAGGAAACCCUCGAUGUCGAAGAUCUCCCUGAUGCUGAUGAGGUUUCAGAUUCUGAUAUCGAGAUUGAUGAAACAGAUGAUGCCGUUUACCUAUUCACUGGUCAUAGAGGCGAAGUAUAUUCAGUUGCAUGCAGUCCAAGAGACACGACACUGGUUGCAACCGGUGGUGGUGAUGAUAAGGGCUAUAUUUGGAAAAUUGGCCAGGCAGACUGGUCUUUCGAGCUUCAAGGCCACAAAGAGUCGGUGUCGACUUUGGCCUUUAGUGUUGAUGGGGAAUUGCUUGCUUCUGGAAGCUUUGAUGGGAUUGUUCAAGUGUGGGAUGUUUCUUCUUACAGUUUGAAGUGCGUCCUAGAUGCUGGUGAGAGCAUUGAGUGGAUCAAAUGGCAUCCGAAAGGACAUGUGAUCUUGGCAGGUUCUGAUGAAUCAAAUGUCUGGAUGUGGAAUGCUGACAAACAUGCCUUACUCAAUAUGUUCAGUGGUCAUGGUGGCCCUGUUACCUGUGGUGAUUUUACGCCUGAUGGUAAAACAAUUUGUACUGGAUCCGAUGAUGCAUCACUGAGGAUAUGGAAUCCAAAAACAGGGGAGAAGGUUCACGUUAUUGAAGGCCAUCCAUAUCAUACAGAGGGACUGACCUGCUUAACAAUUAGCUCAGAUUCAUCUCUUGCUUUCACUGGUUCCAAGGAUUGUUCAGUUCAUGUAGUCAAUAUUAAAACUGGGAAGGUGGUCAGUUCUCUAGUUGCUCAUUCUGGAUCCAUUGAGUGUAUAGGACUUUCACAAAGCUCGCCUUGGGCUGCAACAGGGGCUAUGGAUCAAAAGCUGGUCAUUUGGGAUUUGCAUCACUCAUUACCACGCUGCACUUGCGACCACGAGGAAGGUGUGGCAUGCUUGUUAUGGUUAGGUUCAACUAAGUACAUAGCAACCGGUUGUGUAGGUGGAAAAGUACGUAUCUGGGAUAGCCUAUCUGGUAAUUGUGUUAGGACUUUUAGUGGGCAUUCUGACUCUAUCCAGGCUCUGGCCGUCUCUAAUAAUGUGCAGUCCCUUGUCGCAGUUUCACUUGAUAAUACUGCACGUGUUUAUGAUAUUUCAGAAUUCCGCUUGUGAAGCAUUAUUCACAAUUCAAUAUUACUUAUGUUGGUUUGUAACGCAUUCAUAUCUCCUGAAAAUUGUAAUUGUUUCAAACCUGUGAUUAUAAGGUGUGAAGAGUACUGGAACAAUGAAGUUUUAAUUGUGGUCAUUUUAUCUGCACUGUCAAAGUCUUUUGACAGUAAAAAGUUUGGCUGCUCUGUUGAAGUCUUUUGACUGUUAAAGUGGUCCUUUGGCAGUAUUGAAAAGUAACAUAAUGUCCAUGGUGUUUAAUUUCA